AUGGGAGACUUCAACUGCCACCACCAAAUGUGGUACGGAGUAAAUUCACAUGAAUACAGAAACAAUAUUCGAGCAGACCGCGUCAAUGGUGCACGACUAAAACGAUGGAUAACCCGACAGAAACUGUCCCUCCUGAACGAACCAGGCGUCUUUACGCAUUUCCCCAGAGACAGAGGGAAAAGGCCCACAACCAUCGACCUUACAUUUGUAAAAGGCCCAAUACUCGAUCAUAACCUACGAUGGAGCACUGAACCCUACGGAGCGGGCUCAGACCAUGGGAGAACCUCCGUUCACUUACACUUGGAGAAACCACCUUUUGUACCAAGACGAAUGUGGCGACAAACAGACUGGAAGCUAUUGGAAAACCACAUGUCAAACAUUUCCAUCCCUGCAGAGGCAUGGGAAACCAAGGAACUUACGGAACAGACUGUUGAUUUCUUUCUAGAACUGGUCAGGUCAACAGUCAGCAUAGUAACACCGCUCUCGAAGGAGGGGGUAAGAGCCAACUCCUGGUGGUCAGAUGAAAUGAAACAAAUGAAGGCAAAGGUAAAUGCAGCAGAAAGGAAGGCGAGGAACACAAGGAAACCCAAUCACGUGGAGGAACACCGGAAGGCUUGCAGAGAAUGGACAGUCAUGAUCCGGAAAGCAAAAGCGGAUCAGCGGGAAAAGACGAUGAACGAGGCGAAAGGUAGUGAAGUCUGGAGAAUCCUAAACGUAGGAAGAAGAAGAGACACAAUCAUACCAACCAUACAAGGUGAAGAAACCAACACCUUCGACAUAGUCACCCCCGAAGAACUUAAUAAAGCAAUCGACUCCUGUCCAGCGCACUCGGCGACCGGCCCGGAUGGCAUUCCUUAUACCUUUAUUAAAGCAAUAGUCAAAGCAAACACAACUCUAAUCCAAGACAUGUUCUCCGCCAUGCUCCGGCACGGCGUACACCCAGCGGAAUGGAAAAUAGCUAAGUGUAUCCCGAUCCCGAAACCCGGUAAAGCAAACUAUCAUGAAGCAAAAGCCUACCGGCCCAUUUCCCUUCUACAAUGUUUCAGCAAAAUCCUGGAGAAGAUAGUGGCCCAAAGACUCUGCACCGCUGGAGAAAUUCUAGGCACACUCUCAGCGAAUCAAUUUGGGGGAAGACCAACCAUCUCGGCAAUCGACGCCCUGCUGAGAACCUUAACGCCAAUACAACAAAACCUACUACUGAAAAACAGUACCGGAGUCGCUCGGCGAGACAGACCAGCGAUCCUAACCAAUGAUAUCCAAGGAGCAUUUAACUGCGUUGACUACCUACUCCUCGCGGAAAUCAUGCAACAACAAAAAUUCCCUACCUACUUAACAGAAUGGUGCAAGGAAUUCAAUACCGGCAGAAAACUACAGUUUAAAUUCAACCAUGAGCUAGAAGAACCACAGCCCUAUGAUUCUGGAGUGCCGCAAGGUAGCCCCAUGUCCCCGGUGCUAUUUAUGAUCUAUGCUGGAGUAAUCCUGGACCCAACAAGCAGCCCGAAAGAGAUGGACACUACUUACAUCGAUGACGACGCGCUGGUACAAAUAUCCAAAACACCAGGCUUCACAAUCAAGAGAUUGGAGGAACGAAUGAGAGAGAGACUAAUAAAAGCUGAGCCACUCCAAAUUAAAUACGACCCGGAUAAAUCCGACCUGAUCUUCUUCCGGCUCACCACAUCAUCCACACAACACCCACGACUUCCAGUCAAAGUUAACAAUAUCAAUAUACACCCCAAGGAAAGACUGAAAUAUGUAGGAGUCUGGAUAGAUCCGACCCUUUCCUUCCGGCCCCACAUCGAAGCAGCGAUCGCAAAAGGCCUUAAAGCCCUCCACCAGAUUCGAUACACUGCCCGCUUGCCAGGCAUAACGGUCAAAACAAUCCAUCAUAUCAUAACACAAGGCUUCCUCCCAAGCCUACUCUACGGAUCCGAGGCUUGGUGGACUGGCGCAGACCACAUUAUAAGAUCCCUCGAACCACUAUAUAAUGAAGCGGCCCGGAUCAUCACUGGCCUAGCACGAUGGACCAAAAGAGCUAAACUCCUCCGAGAAGCAGGCCUAUCCCCCUUAGAACACCUCCUGACAUAUCGCUCAAGAAAGUACGGAACCAGAAUACUCUGCUCCGAGGCAACCCACCCCAACAAUGAAUCCCUGAUCGAGCUCCUCCCUUACAAAGAAGCAAAUAUCAAAGGAACAGGCCUACACCGAAUCGCUUCCCUACUACUCCCAUACCAGACCCCCGGAAAUGCGAGAGAUAAGUGGAACCAAAAUAAACUACUACGCGACCACCUGUUGGAAGAAUGGAACACACAAUCAAUACCGAACUACCACCACCGGGGGGAAUUCCGCCCCCCUCCCAAGAUAGCGAAACUCACCCUUACGGAAGCAAAAAAAGUAUUUCGAAUCCGGUGCCAAACCACCCGAAUCGACAAACACGCAGUAUAUACAGACCCCGAACCAUGCCAGUGUGGUAUGGAAAACUCAGCGAAACACAUACUCAUGGAAUGCCCAGCGUGGGCUCGAAUCCGCACCCCCCUGAUAGAGAAGAUCCCCGGAGCGAUGACCUGGGAAAACUGGAUGUUUACAAACCUGAGAACGGACCUCAUCCUACAAUUUGCAAAACAAUCUCAACUCUCAAAAUGGUACGAGUCGGCGGAGGCAGAGGCGGACCUGGAAGAGGGGAGGGAAGAAAAUGAUUAG